AUGGCUGCUACUUUCUCAUAUCCAGCCUCUGCUUAUCUUGUUGUAAGGUGCUGUUCCAUGAAAGGAAACGAUGACCAGCUUAAGAAAUCACUGAAUAGCAGCAGCAUCAGAGUUAAUGGGACUUUAAGUUCUGCAAUCAAAGUUGAGACACUUAACCAAACAGUUGAAGCAGCAGCUCCAAGUACUCUUGGUCAGGGUGUUACCCUUGCUGAAAAUGGCCAACGCUUAUACAUCCCAACAAAGAAGCAAAUGGCUGAUCCUUAUCGUCAAGGGCUCAUGGUUGAAGGUGGAGUUGGUUACAGACAGACUAUUGUUAUUAGAUCCUAUGAAGUUGGAGCUGAUAAAACCGCCACACUUGAGAGCAUCCUCAAUCUUCUUCAGGAAACAGCAUUGAACCAUGUAUGGAUGUCUGGAUUGCUCGGUGAUGGGUUUGGAGCAACACAUGGAAUGAUGAGGAACGAUCUCAUUUGGGUUGUCUCGAGAAUGCAAGUUUUGAUUGAUUACUAUCCCAUCUGGGGAGAGAUAGUUGAAAUUGACACAUGGGUUGGAGCAUCUGGCAAGAAUGGAAUGCGGCGUGACUGGUUGAUAAGAAGUCAAGCCACAGGUCAAAUUUUUGCUCGUGCAACAAGCACAUGGGUGAUGAUGAACUGUAAAUCAAGACGCCUCUCCAAAAUGCCAGAAGAAGUGAGGGAUGAACUUACACCUUGGUUUAUAGAAAAGCAAGCAAUAAAGGAAGAUGCUCAUGAAAAAAUUGUCAAAUUGGACAAAGAGGCAAAAUACUUGAAUUCUGACUUGAAGCCCAAGAGAAGUGAUUUGGACAUGAACCAACAUGUUAAUAAUGUGAAGUAUGUAAGAUGGAUGCUAGAGAACAUCCCAGAUCAAUUUCUUGAGGGCUUCCAAUUAUCUGGUAUCACACUAGAGUACAGAAGGGAGUGUGGAAGUUCAGAUAUAGUUCAAUCACUAUGUGAACCUGAAGAAGAUGAAAUACUACAUGGUGUGGUGGAACAAGAUUACUGCACGAGUUUGCUUAAUGGGUUGUCCUUGGCAUCACCAGAUAUUAUAAAUGGUGGUGGGGUCCUGACCUGUCUUGAGCAGAGGCCAAUAAGGUAUACACAUCUUCUACAAAUCAAAGGAGAGAAACAAAACGAUGAAAUUGUCAGAGGAAGGACUACAUGGAAGAGGAAGCUCGCUACAAUGCCAUUUUCCACAUAG